AUGAGCACACUUACGCUGCAUUCACCUCCGAGUCCUUCUGCUGCAGCUAUUGGGAAAAAGACACGGGCGGAAGAGCAACAUACUAAUGGCUUGCAGCACGAAAAAGAGCAGCGGCAGGUAGCAAAGCGCCAUCGGAAACACAUACAUCACCUAAAGAAAGCCUAUGCAAAACAAGUGAGCAAGAAUGGCAAUCCACCCAUCUUAUUUGACAUUUUAGAAAUGCUUGGCAAAGAACAGGUAAAUGGCAUCGUUAGCCGCGGCGAAGAGUUUGACAAGGUGGCGCCCUUCAACGAAGUGGUUCAAGUUACAAUUGAACGGUUGAGCGCGCAUGGCGAUGGCAUAGCACGCACCGCACAGGGCGAUAGAAUCCUUGCUAUUCCCUUUACACUUCCGGGUGAGGUCGUGCGAGUUUAUCCAUACGGUGUGGAAAGGCUCUAUUUCAAGUCCAGACUGGUCGAAAUUGUGUCUACGGAAUCUUCUAUGCGGCGCGAUGAUUUGGUGCAAUGCCAAUAUUUUGGCAAAUGCGGUGGAUGCCAAUAUCAAAUGGUUCCGUAUGAACAGCAGCUGAAGCUGAAGCAAAGUGUCGUGAGAAAUGCGUUUGCGCAUUACUCGGGCCUUGAUGCAAAGCUCAUGCCACCCGUACUGCCUACAGUCGCUUCUCCAGCCACAAUGCAGUAUCGCACAAAGUUGACACCCCAUUUUAAUCUGCCCUAUUCCUUGCGGCACCGCAAAAAGAAUGAGCAUGUUGACGCGAAAACGCUUGACAUCCCCAUUGGAUUUGAUGGGGCGACGAGUGGGCGGGUGAUGGAUAUUGAAGAGUGCCCGAUUGGCACUCCGACCAUCAACGCAGCACUUCCCGCCAAGCAAGCCGACGUUCGCGAGAGGAUUACAGACUACAAGAACGGGGCUACAUUGUUAUUGCGCGACUCGCUUAAAGACUUGGAGCCGGAAACACUGCAAGAAUGCAAAUCUGUGGUGGUGACGGACCACAAGGCUACUGUUUACGAACUGGUAGGGGACAUCAAAUUUGCGACGCCCGCGGGCGCUUUUUUCCAAAAUAAUCGUUCUAUUAUUCCCCUGGUGGUCGACUAUGUCAAACAACAGUCAUUUUUACAGAGUAACCAAACUAAGCCCCAGUAUCUCGUCGAUACCUACUGUGGCUCUGGCCUGUUUGCAUUGACGCUGGCGGGUAUGUUUCACCAAGUCGCAGGCGUGGAAAUCAGUGCCAGCUCUAUCGAAUGCGCGAAACACAAUGCCACGCUGAACCAAAUCGAGAAUGCCACUUUUUUGGCCGGUAAUGCGGAAAACAUUUUUGGGAGCAUUGCCUACCCUCCAUCUCAGACAACCGUCGUUAUUGACCCUCCACGCAGAGGUUGUGAUCAAGCUUUUAUCGAUCAGCUCGUGGCGCUCAAGCCCCGGAACAUUGUGUAUGUGUCUUGCAAUGUUCACACGCAAGCGCGCGAUGUGGGCUCAUUGCUUCGGGCAUGUGCUUCAUUCACAAUCGACAGCAUUCGCGGCUUCGACUUCUUUCCACAGACACACCAUGUCGAAGGUGUUUGUGUGCUGCACAAUACUGAUUAUGAUACAUAG